AUGUCUGACACCAAUAUUCAGGCCUCUAACAAACUGCACAUUGAAACCCAAGGAGAGCAGCACUGGUAUUUGUUUUGCCUGGGGAGUUCUAGACUCUGUAACUACCUGAUCACCCAAUUAUACUCAUUAAGGUGAGUUAUUACAGUUUAGAAGAGUUAUGAAUCACAAUCCAAAUUGUAUUGCAUUUUAGAUGCCAAUAUGUGUGUUAAAUAAAGGCUCAACCAAAAUAUCCCUUAAAGAUAUCAUACAAAAGAAGCUAUUUUUCUUUGCAUUUUGUCAUUAAAUAAGUAAUCCUUUUACAAAAAUUUACCUUCUGUCUCCCUAAGCAUAUUGUUUAUUAAUGCUAGAAUCACUUUUCACUGUAUUUUCUAGUUAUUUUCAAUAGUGUGGAUUCCAAUUCAUACAUUACCAACCAUACUCUCAAAAUUACGUAACAACCAACAAAAUAUAAGGGAUACAACGCCCGGUUAAUAGUUCUAGAGGUGUCUGCUGCUUUGAACAGAAUUGGCCAUACCAUGAAUUCUAUUGUUUCUGCAACCCAACUUUAUAAUGUAUUGUUCUAACAAUUUCUUCUUCCUGUUUCCUCUCGAUCUACACCAUUUAUUAACUACAUGUUCCUUGAGCAUCUUUUUAUUUAAAAAAAAAUACACACAUAUAAAGUGCAAUAAAUAAAUAAAUAUACAAUAAUAAAUAGACACACUGUGAUAAAUACAUUAAAGGGACACUUUAGUCACCCAAAUCACUUCAGCUCAAUGAAGUGGUCUGGGUGCAAUGUCACUCAGGUUUUAACCCUUCAAAUGCAAACAUAGCAGUUUCAGAGAAACUGCUAUGUUUACAUUUGGGGUUAAGCCAGCCUCUAGUGGCUGUCUUCCGGACUGCCACUUGAGGCGCAUCUGUGACGCUGGAGGCAUAUUAUGCCUCCAUCACGCAGAGCGUCCAUAGGAAAGCAUUGAGAAAUGCUUUCCAAUGGACACUUUGAAUGUGCGCGCAGCACUUGCCGCGCAUGCGCAUUCGGCUCCUCUGACAUCGGCAGAGGGAGCUGACGUCGGUGAGGGAGAAGAGGUCACCAGCGCCAAGGGAGCGCCGAGGGAGGGAGCCCGGUGCUGGAAUAAGGUAAGAGGCUUAAGGGGUUUUAACCCCUUCAGCGCCACCGGAGGGGACCCUGAGGGUGGGGGCACCCUCAGGGCACUGUCGUGUCAGGAAAACCGCUUUGUUUUCCUGACACUAUAGUGAUCCUUUAAUAAAUAAGUUAUGCUUUCCUCUUAAAUAAUUGUUUCAGGAACACUGAGAGACAAUUCCUAUAAUGGGAAAAAAAACAAAAGAAAAUCGAUUCAUAGCGUAACUUGUAUUAGAAGUGCAGCUAAAGGCUACUUUUCUGAACUACACAUAUCUUUUAGAGCUUUCACCAGGUUCCAUAAAACAUUGGCGGUUGGCCUUUCUUUGGCAAAUAAUAAACUACCACCAAUGUGGAUCUCCAGCCAACAAGGACCAAGUCCAAUUUGUAUAUCAAUAUAAUUUACUACAAAACAUAAAACAAUAAAAAAGGAACUAAUGGCUACAACAUAAAAGUGUCAAUGGUUUUAAAUCACCACUACAUACAUACACUAUGUAUUUUAACUGGUACAAGGUACUUAAGUCCCUAAACCCCAAAAUCCUUUUUUAUAGAAUUCUUAAUUGGCCUUUUCCUUCCACACAUCUCCCUCAGGUGUAAUAGUUUCUGGGGCAUGUGAUCUCUUGUUUUCUACAUGUAUACUGUAUUCCAGGUCAUGUGACAGUAAUGGAGUCUUUCACACAUGCACAAGAUGGUGGAUGCCACGUACUACUCCAACUCCUGUGGAGAUACGGCAGCACAGGUCAGGAGUGGAUAUUGUCCGCUUCCCCACCACCCCAGACUCACUAGACCAUCAAGCCUGCUAUCUGUUUGCUGGCAACGUGGAUCUCUGGGGACAUCAAACACGUUCCAGUACACAUUCCAAGUGGUCCAGGAGCACCCAGGGUGAGCUAAGGCCGUCAAUGAGGGUGUCAUUUGUAGCAAUAGCAGAUUUUAUUCAGUCAUGUGCCUGA